GUAGAUCGGUAAGGUAGAAAACUAAAAAUUUCCAAAUUGUUAAGGUUCUUUUCAACUUUCGAUUACUUCUGUAGUGUACGGUAUUGUUGUACAGUUAUAUUUUUCGGAAUUAUGGCAGACUUAGACGACUUCUUCGCUAAAAAAGACCGAAAAAAGGGCAAGAGUAGUAAAAAAUUUUCGACAACUGAGGAAGUGGCAAAAAAACUAGAGGAUAAUGCUAAAAAAACCGAAAUAAAAAAGAAACCAGACCGUCCAGUCGAUGGAGAGGAACCAAACACACCUGAGGAGCAAGAUGAAUGGAAAGAAUUCGAAGAAGAGAAAAAAGACUACACAGGUCUCAAAAUUGGUAACCUAAGCAUAAAUCAGAAUAAUGAUGGAAGUCAAGGAAAUGGUGAUUCAAAUUCUGAACAACAACAAGGAGAUGAAGGAGAUCAACAGUCGGAGAAGAAGGCUGGUCCUUGGAAGAAAAUUGAAGAGAUAGUGGAAGCUGCACCCCCUCCCCCACCUCCUAAAGUAGAAGAAAAACCCAAAUCUACAAACAGAACAUAUGUUAUUCCAACUUUGCGACAUCAAGUUCAAAGUCGAAACGCUAAACCUGUGAUCAAGGGUGCACCAGAUGUUCAUAAUGAAGAAAUGUUUCCCACACUGUCUAAAACUAAUGACUAUAGAAGGAACAGAAACGAAGGCAGUUUCGAAGUAGUUCAACAUAACAAAUCAAGUUCAUAUAGGCAUUCGGAGCAAUCAAGAGUGAAUUCCUCAGAAGGAGCAAAGUUAACCCUCGGCAAUCGUUGGAAUUCCCUCAGUCAUGAUAGCUAAUGUUUUGUACAGUAUAGGACACAAGCAAUGGCGAACGCAGUUCAGGACUUUAGAUUUAUUGUUUUAUCUUCCUAUUCAAGUACUGUACAGAGUGGUUCUAUAUAAAUUGUGAAUAAACCUAAUGUUAUUCUUAACAUCAAUAUGAAGAACUUGGUCUCCUUGUGAAUCACAUUUCCUUGGUGGAAUAUUAGUAAGGAAAUUUUGCUUUUUAUAUGUAAAAUCUUGAAUGAAAUACAUCGUGUGGUAAUUUA